CCCAUCUUAUUUAAAGUGGGGCUGUUCACCCUGUGAGCAAAACAAGCUACACGGAGCGAAAGGGGAGUGUGACGCCGCGCAGAACAGAAACGGAACCCGAGAACCAUGUUCGGGACCCUGACUGCCGCCGUCUCCCUUCUCCUGCUUGUGCCUGCGGCAGCAAGCCAAGACUGUUCCCAGCCCUGUGAGUGUCCCUCGGAGACCCCAACCUGCCCCAUAGGCACCAGCCUGCUCCUGGAUGGCUGUGGUUGCUGUAAGGUGUGUGCCAGACAGGUGGGGGAGCCCUGUUCCCUGCUGGAGCCCUGUGACCAUCACAGGCUGCUGUACUGUCACUCCGCUGCCAUGGGCAACAGCGACACAGGGGUCUGCAUGGCCCGUGAAGGCGAGACGUGCACCCUGGGCGGGGUCCUGUACCGCAGUGGCGAGAGCUUCCAGCCCAGUUGCCGGCACCAGUGCGUCUGCAUGAAUGGCGAGAUCGGCUGCGUGCCAACCUGCGGGGUCAACGUGCGCCUGCCUUCACCCGCCUGCCCAUACCCCCGGCGCGUGCUCAUACCCGGACAGUGCUGUGAGGAGUGGGUGUGCGACCCGGUCCCCAACGACGGCCGCCUGCAGUCCAGCCUGCCCGAUUACAGAGACGCCCCAGACUAUGGCCUGGAAGCUGAAGGCCCGCAAGCCAACUGCAUCACCCAGACCACCGAGUGGAGCGCGUGCUCCACCACCUGCGGCACGGGGGUCUCCACCCGCGUCACCAACGACAACGAGGGCUGCCAGCUGGAGAAGCAGAGCCGGGUCUGCAUGAUCCGAAGGUGCCAGGCUGAACAGGGGGGUGCUGCCAAGAGGGGGAAGCGGUGCCAGCGGAGCUCAAAAUCCCAGCAGGCCGUGCGCUUCCAGCUGUCGGGCUGUACCAGCGUGCGGGCCUACAAGCCCCGGUUCUGCGGGACGUGCACGGACGGCCGCUGCUGCACGCCCAAGGACACGGUCACCGGCGAGGUGGAGUUCCACUGCCCCGAGGGCGACGGCUUCCGCCGCAAGAUGAUGUUCAUAAAGUCCUGCUCCUGUCACCGCGACUGCCCCCAGGACAAUGACAUCUUCCUCACCACCCACCUCCGCCAGAUGAGUGGGGACUAUGAGAGCGGCAUGUGAGGACCACGCCCAUGUGACGACCACGCCCAUGUGAGGACCAUGCCCAUGUGAGGACCAUGCCCAUGUGACGACCACGCCCAUGUGAGGACCACACCCAUGUGACGACCACGCCCAUGUGAGGACCACACCCAUGUGAAGACCACGCCCAUGUGAUGACCAUGCCCAUGUGAGGACCACGCCCAUGUUAGUACCACACCCAUGUGACGACCACGCACAUGUGACGACCACGCCCAUGUGAAGACCACGCACAUAUUUUAAAUGUGGCUCAUUUGACAAUAUACUGUUCAUUGCUUAUCGUAUUUAUAUUUUAAUUGGAGGAAUAUUGUCUUAUGUAAAUACUGUAAAUAGCCCUUGUACAGUUUUGUACCAUAUUUAUGUUUAAUUCUUGAUUGCCCUUAUUAUAUUGUAGUAUAUCGCUAAAUCCACUGCUCUCCCUCCCCUACAGUGCAGUCGAGUAUAUAUUUCCAGCACCUAUGCACUUACAAUAAAAGCUUAUAUUUUUUGAUAUGA